CCAUCUGUUUUUCACGGCUUUGCUUACUGUCUCUUUAAGUAUGACACUACUGCAUAAGUAGAAGAAGGAAAAAUUAACUCUGUGUGCAGAACAGUGAAGCAUACUGCACGUGAAGUGUUCUGAAGUGUUGUUACCUCUUCGCUAUAGUUCAAACUGGAACAGAGAGCUCUUCAAAUAGAAAACUGCAAAGAAAAGUUCACAGAAGCCUAAGCAGGAAGAAACAAAAAAGAAAAAGAGAACUAUCAGACAGCCGCUGAUGAGCAAGCCAGUGGAUGAUGUAUACUUAACAUGGUGUUAUGAGCGGCCAUCCUAUGAUGUAGAAGUGGCUGUGGGUAUGCUAAAGAAAUUUCAGGAGUUGGACUUCACUUACCCAAAACAGUAUGUGUAUGUUAACAUAACUCUGGAUAUGGCAUUACAGAAGAAGAAAAAGGUGGAUCCAUUUGCAAGCAUUGUUCUUCUUCCAUAUCGUUUUACAGAUGAAGUGAAUAAGGUUUUGGUUUUCACGGAGAAAAAGGAAGAAGCUGAAAUAGCUCGGGAGAAUGGAGCUGCCAUUGUAGGAGGAGUUGAAUUAAUCAAAUGGAUUUUGGAAGAUGAAAUACAAGUGGACUUCUAUGUAGCUGUUCCUGAAAUAAUGCCUAAACUAAUACCAUUGAAGAGCAAGCUAAGAAGAAAAUACCCAAGCUCAAAAAGAAAUUCCAUGGGUCAUGAUAUUCCCCAAAUGCUGCAGCUCUUUAGAGAAGGCCUUGAGUAUGCAGUAGAAGAUGAGCGUCUAAUCAAGACAAGAAUAGCAAGACUGGAUAUGCCUACUGAGCAGAUAGUUGCCAAUCUAGAUGCAGUUAUCCAGGACGUCUGCAAAUUCAAGCCAUCAAGCUAUGGUCCUUUUGUGCAAAAGCUGGUUAUUCGAUCUUCAACCAGUGAAGGUUUGCUGUUGAACCUUGAUGGACUUCUCCCUCAGGUAGAGAAAGAAGAAGAAAAAGAAGAAAAACACCCAGAAGAUGAAGAAUAAAAUAUCCAAGAACUUGUUAGUACAUAAUGUUUUCCACACUUGCUAAUCAAAUCAACAAGGGAAAACAAGUGGUGUAAUGCAAAUCUUACCCUAUGAAAAGAAAAAAAUAAAUCAAAUUUGUUUUUUAAUUCCAUGUAACAAGAAGCCAUGUCACAAACAGGAGUCUCGUGUCAAACCUGAAGAUGCUUAACACUUCCUCUGGAAGCUGAAAGCUC